AUGGAGAAAAGAGCAGAAACAUCUCAGCAUUCUUCAAGAUCUGGACGGGUAAAGAGAGAGCCAUCACCUUCUGCUAAAGAGAGGAAAACCAAAGCGCCCAAAUCCGUGAAGCUCCAAGAGCCCCACAAAAGAAAAGAAAAACCAGAAGUGACAGAAGAAGAAGAAGAAAGAGGUGAAGCUAACGAAGCUCAAAUCAUCUCCAGCAGCACUGUAGUAAACGUAGACAGUGUGAGGGAACGAAUAAAAGAAGACCGAGAGGAGUUACUGGGAUUACUGGAGACCGAAGGGUCUGGAGAAGCCUUGAAGAAGAGAUACCUUGGAGUUUGUGAGCUACUUCUGAUCAUUUUGGUCCUGUCUGUGGUGAUCUUCUUCUUUCCUAUUGCCAUAUGGUUCUGUGUGAAGAUUGUGAGAGAACAUGAGAGAGCCAUGAAAUUUCGGUUGGGGCAUUUAUUGCAGAAGAGACCAAGGGGGCCUGGGCUGAUGUUUUAUUUCCCAUUUUUGGAUGUGUGCCAUAUAGUGGACAUUCGUCUGAAAAUACUGAAGAUCCCUCCUCACACGGUAAUUUCUUUCCGACAUGUUGCUGUCAGUUUAGAUUCGGUAACCUGCAGGUGGGGUAUCAAAGUGGAAAGAGCGGAGAUAGAAGAAAUCAGUCUUCCACCUGAACUGCAACACAACUUUGCUGUGGAGGCCGAAGCGAGACGUCAAGCACAAGUCAAAGUGAUUGCUGCAGAGGGAGAAAAGGCGGCUUGUGGGGCUUUAAAGGCCUCUGUAGAGUCUCUCUCUGGUUCUCCAAUGGUUGUGCACCUUCGACUCCUGCAGCUCCUCAACAAUCUGCGCUCUGAGCAGCCCGCUGUGAUCCUCAACAUACCUCCUGAUGUCCUGACUCAAUCCAUCGACCUCACCAGUUUGACCAGACCUGCCAAUCAAAGCCUGACCACAGGCGAUGGCUCAGAUGAUGCUAACAAAGACUCGCCCAUGAUGUAA